UCAAACAACUAUUUCAAUUAUUAUUCUAAUAAUAGUAAUGGACCUCCUCCUCAACUUCCACCUCGUACUGAACACAGUGGCUAUAAUCAUGGAGAUACGAUGGAAGAUUCUAAUAAAUACUAUUACCCCAGCGAGAGCAGCGGUGGUUAUCCACCCUCUGGUAAUAGUUAUGAGGGAUAUCCACCUAUUGGUAACAAUUAUGACGGCUACCCACCUCAACAGUCGACCCCUUUACCACAGAGAGUUGCUUCGACCGCCAAUGAUUAUGGUUCUAUGAUUGAUAGUUCUACGCCUCCAGCCGGACAAAAUAUGUAUUCUAUGCCUACACCUCACUAUCAACCACAUUAUCAACAGGAGAACGUAUAUCCACCUCCGCAAUACCAUCACCAACGUAACCUGAGUGGGACCACCACAUCUCCUCCCGGUUCCCCUCCCCGCUAUCCUCCCACACAAGCUCAGCAAUAUCAAACCAUUUCAGGUUAUCCAGACUCAACGCAGGAGAUGAUAACCAGCUCUUUUCGUCCGGCAUUCGCUCAGAACGUAUCAGAUUCUUCUACAAAUGUUUCAACUCACUCUUCUUUAAGCACACCGCCACUUCCACCUAAUAAUAACAAUACGGGAUACCGAGUGCCUCCCGCUGCACAAAAUGCUUACAAUCAAUCCACUCGACGUAACCCUUCCUCUCUCAGAUCCAAUGUUAUCAUGACUAUUGAACGUCCACGCUAUGACUAUUUACCGGAAAAUGAAAACCCCGAUGACGGUGAAGUGCCUUUUAUCCCAGUAUCACCUGACACCAGUGACGAUGAAUACUUUCCAACCACCAAAUCCAUUGGUAUGACCUACAAUGAUCCCACGCAAUUCUAUAUGUAUCCUCCUACGACUCAAGAACCCCCUCAAGUACCAAUUAUGUCUAAUCAGGAUCAUCAUUAUCCACAAGAAGAAUAUCCCCGUGAAAAAGAACCUAUGCGUGACCAAUAUGCCAAAGCUCCUCCUAGAUUAACUGGUCCCAAUUAUGGUUUAUUUUCUGUUUUAUCAACCGCUUUUAUCCGUCACGUCAAGGGUUUAGAAAACGUCAGAGAGUUAUGGUGUGCUAGCGAGUAUAACGAGUCAUUUACAGGUUCAGAAGCAGUGACUAUCAUCAAGGGAUUAUUACACGAACAAGUGCCUGAGGAAUACUGUGUUAUUGUGGCUAAUGCUUUGAUGAGAUGCAAGCCCGCUUUAUUUUUACCUACUCAGUACUCUCAGAGAUCCAUUAUUUCCAAUACCAUGUAUAAUUCCGAUGACACUUAUUACUUGGAAGAGGAUGUCUCGGAUGAUACCGUACCCAUUGGUGUCCUUCCUAGCUUGACUCCCUGUUAUAGUUACACAUGUAGACCUGGACAAGGCGGCUGUUAUUCUGACAGAUGUCCCAACAAUGGAAAGGAUUUUGUUAAUGACGAUAAGGUUGAAGUAGCUAUCUCUCGGAACAACUCAUUUAAAUCGACAAGUUCUCCUGCCGGUGGCUGGAUGAUGCCUCAUGAGGCUUGGGCUGCAAGUGUUGUUGUUCAAGGCCUUGAAAAAUCGGGAGCUAUUUCCAACGAUCGUCUUGCCCAUUUCUGCCAAACAGUCUUUAAUAAUUAUCAAGAACUGCUGCAGAUCAGUGAAGCUUUGUUUAAGGAUUUGUUGACCCGUUUCCGUGAAAAUGUCGGUAAAUGUGUGCCUACCAUUGGUGACAUUCUUAUCCAGCAUAUGCAGUUUUUUGAGAAGCCUUAUGUUACGUACAGUCCCCAAGCCCUAAUGGCGAAAUACUUGGCAGAACAAGAAAUCAAAAAUAACCCCGAAUUUGAAAAAUUCACCAAAGAGAUCACCAAGCAUGAACGUACGGAUCGAUUACCCAUCUGGCAUUAUUUGCUUUGUCCCGUCACACGUAUGCAACGUUAUCCUCUCUUGAUUGAGGGGCUCUUGAAAAAGACGCCCAAGGACCAUCCCGAUCAUGUCUUCUUAACCCGUAGUUACGAAAUUAUUCGUUCUGUGGCUUCCAAGGCUGAUAACCAAGCAUUGCAUGUCAAGGAUCGUCUUGCCAUCUUGAAUAUCCGUGACCGUAUUUUAUUCAAACAAGGCGAAGUCCAUGAUUUAGCUCUGGAUAAUCCUAACCGUCGCUUAUACUACUCGGGUGUUUUGAAACGUCGUAGUGGCACCCUGGAUGUGGCGGAUAAAAAUGAUAUUUUUGCCUUCGUGUUUGAUCACAUGGUAAUUAUGACCAAAAUGCGAAACACCAGUACCGACAAAGAGUAUAGAAUCUCUAAAAAGCCUAUCCCCUUACAAAUGUUGGUGGUCCAAACAAGUACAUCCAAUGUCAGAUACCAACUCACAGGAACAAAUACGCCUUACAAUACGCCUGCUAGUGGUCAAGUAGGAUCUGGUGUAGCCUUGACCUUGCAUCAUUUGGGUUCUCGUGGUGGUGCGGUGUACCCCUUUUAUUGCCAAAGUAUGGAGGAGAAGUUACUGUGGACAAAAGCCAUUGAUGAUGCAAAGGCCUCCAUGAAGAAGCGCCAUGGUGAUUCUGAUAUAUUUGAAUUACGACCUUUGGAUGAUGUUAAUUUCCGUAAUGUCGGUACGAAUCAAUCGGGCGGCAUUCAGUCCCGUAUUAACUGUUCCGUGCCAUUUUUGUCUUGCAAGGACGAAAAGAAGAUCGCUAUUGGUACUGACAGCGGUGUCUUUUUCAAGACAGAAGGACAAGAUUCUGUACGUCGUAUUAUUCAAUGCGAAAGUGUAACUCAAAUGGCUGUUAUUGAAAAAUAUCAUAUCUUGAUUGUUUUGACAGAAAAGGCACUUCGUGCAUAUCCUAUCGAUGUACUUGAUUCCAAAAGUAAUACCAAGGCAAUUGACCGAGUUCAAGCUGAAAUCGCUACCAAUGUCAACUUUUUCCAGAUCGGCUUUUGUAACGGCCGCGAUAUGCUUGUUUUUAAAAAGAAGAAGAAUACCAGUAGUGUGUUCGUCUCUCUCGAACCUUUCUGUGAUUUACGUGAUCCCAAGAAUGAAAAACUCUUGACUUAUCGUCCAUCCCUCUUUGGUAAGCCAGAUUAUUUGAGAUGGUUCAAGAAAUACAAGGAUUUCUAUAUUGGUGCAGAUGCUAGUAAUAUUCACUUCUUGAAGGCCAAGAUCAAUGUUGUCUGUGAAAGAGGUUUUGAAGUCAUUGAUCCUGAGAAUUUACAUGCAAGUCGUGAUAUUCCUGAUACUGAAGAUCCUGAGUUUUACUUUGUUACACGUCAUGCAGAACCACUGAAGCCAUUAGCCAUGUAUCGGGUCAAUGACAAAUUUUUGUUAUGCUAUGAUAAAUUCGCAUUUUAUGUCAAUAACCGCAAUGGUUCUUUAGUGCCUCGUCCAGAUAAAAGAAAGCCUGCCACUAUUUGUGAAUGGGAAGGUACUCCAACACAUAUCUUGUAUGAUCAUCCUUACAUCAUUGCCAUUGACCCUUACUUUAUCGAAAUUCGUCACGAAAGUGGUGAACUCGUCCAAAUUAUCUCUGGUGAAAAUAUUCGACUUGCCUACUACAAUGGAGGAGGAGAAAAAUCUGUCAUUCACGUAUGCAUGACUCACAGCCAAAAGCCUGAUACCCAAGCAUUGUUCCAAUUGGUUUUGAGUAGCCAUCGUAACUCUGCUGGAUAUCCGCGAAGAAAUUGA